AUUGAGAAUUGAAGAUAAGCACUAGCCAUUGCGCUCAGUUCGUAUAAUUGCGGAACAUAUCACCUAUCUAAACUCCUAAACUAUGUCUUUGAAACAGGCCGUCGCCAAAAAAUUGAUGGAUGAAAUAAUUAUCCCCUUGAGAAAGCCUAAAGAUUGGAAAGUUCUCGUUCUGGAUCGAUUAGCCACUAGAAUUGUAUCCUCGUGUUGUAAGAUGCAUGAGAUAAUGAAUAACGGCAUAACAUUGGUUGAAGACAUUUUUAAGAAAAGGGAAGUGCUGCCGAUUGAGGCAAUAUACUUGAUCACUCCUACAGAUGAAUCUUUAAAACUUCUAAUGGAGGAUUUUCAAGGGUCCCAGAGUCAAUAUCGUUAUGCCCAUGUCUUCUUCACCGAAGCUUGCCCAGAUGAGCUGUUCAACCGGCUUUGCCAGUCGAAUUCCGCCAUAUUUUUAAAAACGCUUAAAGAAAUAAACAUAGCUUUUCUACCGGUUGAAUCUCGAGUCUUUUCGUUGGAUUCACCCAUGAGCUUUCAAUAUUACUUCAAUCCAGUAGCCAGACAACAGGGUUCGGGACAACAACUUGAGCGAAUCGCUGAACAGAUUGCAACGUUGUGUGCCACAUUAGGUGAAUAUCCCGUUAUUCGUUACCGCACUCAGUUUGAAAGGAACGCCGAGUUCGCACAGUUAGUUCAACAAAAAUUGGAUGCAUACAAAGCGGACGAUCCUCAAAUGGGCGAGGGUCCACAAAAAGAAAGAAGUCAAUUGAUUUUACUUGACCGGGGAUUCGAUCCUAUCUCACCUAUUUUACAUGAACUCACUUUCCAAGCCAUGGCUUACGACUUACUGGCAAUUGAAAAUGAUGUUUACCGUUACAUCAACACAUCAGGUCCUGAGGAACGUGUUAAAGAAAUUAUCUUGGAUGAAACUGAUGAGCUUUGGUGUGAACUUCGUCAUCAACACAUAGCAGUCGUUUCACAACAGGUUACUAGCAAAUUGAAAAAGUUCGCUGAAGAUAAACGUAUGGUUAACGCAGGCGAUAAAACUACAAUGCGUGAUUUAAGUCAAAUGUUAAAAAAAAUGCCUCAAUAUCAAAAAGAGUUAUCCAUGUAUUCAACACAUUUUCAUUUAGCUGAGGAUUGUAUGCAAACUUAUCAAAAUCAUGCUAAUAAACUAUGUAAAGUCGAACAAGAUUUAGCCAUGGGUACUGAUGCAGAAGGUGAACGAGUCAAAGAUCAUAUGCGUACAAUGGUUCCUAUUUUAAUUGAUCAGUCAGUUUCAGCAUAUGAUAAACUUCGUGUGAUUCUUUUGUAUGUUAUACAACGGGGCGGUAUAAAUGAAGAAAAUUUAGCUAAAUUAGUUCAACAUGCUCAAAUCCCCUCAUCACAGGCGUGUAUUGUGCGUAAUUUGAUGCAUUUAGGAGUUCCUGCUAUCCAGGAUGCUUCAGGAGCUGUCGCUUAUGUCAAGGGUAUAGGGAGGCGUAAACUUCCUCAGCCUUACUUGCCUGCUAAUCGACGUCAACGGGAGGAUGGUCCACGAUAUCAAAUGUCUCGAUGGACACCUUAUAUCAAAGAUCUUAUGGAGGAUGCUGCUGAAGAUAAAUUGGAUCCGAAAUUAUUUCAGUACUUUGGUGGUGGCCCUGUUCGUGGUCCUGGAACGCGUACAGGAAAUGCACCAAUGUCUGCAAGAUAUGGAAUGUGGCAUCGGGAUAAAAGUCAACAACCACGUUCUGGACCUAGACUAAUAUUCUUUGUAAUCGGUGGAAUAUCCUAUUCAGAAAUCCGUUGUGCAUAUGAAUUAAUGAAUACUGCGCUAGGUAAACAAUGGGAUAUUAUCGUUGGUGGUACCCAUAUACUUGUGCCGGAAGCAUUCUUAAAGGAUUUGGAGAAACUGUCUUAUCCACCAGGGGCAGCGCCUCCAUCGGUUAGCAGUGGGACAUCAGUUAUUGUAGGUGCUGGUGGGGAACCAGUGUGAAAUCAGUAUACCCCAUGAAUGAUUUAUAUUUCAAUAUGUAAUUCACAAGAGAUUUCCUUAUGAUUUCCACUGAAUAACAACUUUAUUUACUUAUAUUGAUUUAUCUUUCGUCGCACACUUCUUCGUUAGUCAAUAUCAUUUCAUUGAUGCUGAUGAUUAUAAUUGUUACUAUUAAUAUUACUAUUCUUGCCAACAAGAACUUCAUUUGUGUUUAGCACUUCACCUAAACACUCACAACAUUCCUCAUACGCUCAACUCUUGAGCGUAUUUUCUUGUUCUCUAUCGACGUUUUUCCUCAUUUCCUUCCUCAUACACACAUACGCAAUCCCCUACAGAUCAUUGAUUUAAUGUCAGCAGAAAACAUGACCAGCUUUCUUUAUCUACGUUUAUUUAAUUAUUUAUUGGUUUGUUCAUGUUGUUUUUGAUAUUUGCUUAUUUAUUACUUCCUCCAAUUUUCUAUACCAUAUAUAUACAUAGUUAUUAAAUUAGUAUUGUUCAUAGAAUUUUUGUGUCAAUACUACGUGCAUUUGUCAAUG